UUUAUCUACCUAAAGGUAUCUUCACGCACAACUGGAUAGGCCUUUUGGAUACGCUUGUCCAAGGCCCAAGACAUAAAGUUGCCUGAAAGCUGUGUAACAAUCAUUCCAUUGCUGACCCAUAGGAUGGUAAUCACGUACAUGAUUGGCUUAAUCUAGAAUCAUGGAUACCUUUCAUACCCUCUCAUCACAAGAUGGAACUAGUGGUCAACAUUGGGACAAUGCAGCCAUAAAUAACAUGGACCAAUAUUUUAAUGGAGUGAGCAAGACCUGCCAGCAGAGCUCACUGGAGCAGGGAGACAUCCCGUCAUCCUUUUGGCACCUGACAAAGCUUGAGAUUCAAAUCCUGCUGAACGAUGUUAAGCAUUCGAUUAACCACAUGCAGGGGACGCUGAACACCAUGCAGGGGCAGUGUAUUGAGUUGCAGACUGCCAUGUCUAAGAUCAUCACAGCAGCCGAAGUUGCUGUGCAGAGGGAGGAGAUCCCCCGAGCAUCAGGCCUCAACCCGUCACAGAGGGAGGUUAUCCUCCAAACAGCCAGUGUCCCUGCACAGACGGAGGGUAUCCUCCAAACAGCCAGUGUCCCUGUACAGAGGGAGGGGAUCCUCCAAACAGCCAGUGUCCCUGUACAGAGGGAGGGGAUCCUCCAAACAGCCAGUGUCCCUGUACAGACGGAGGGUAUCCUCCAAACAGCCAGUGUCCCUGUACAGAGGGAGGGUAUCCUCCAAACAGCCAGUGUCCCUGUACAGAGGGAGGGUAUCCUCCAAACAGCCAGUGUCCCUGUACAGAGGGAGGGUAUCCUCCAAACAGCCAGUGUCCCUGUACAGAGGGAGGGUAUCCUCCCAACAGCCAGUGUCCCUGUACAGAGGGAGGGUAUCCUCCAAACAGUCAGUGUCCCUGUACAGAGGGAGGGUAUCCUCCAAACAGCCAGUGUCCCUGUACAGAGGGAGGUUAUCCUCCAAACAGCCAGUGUCCCUGUACAGACGGAGGGGAUCCUCCAAACAGCCAGUGUCCCUGUACAGAGGGAGGGGAUCCUCCAAACAGCCAGUGUCCCUGUACAGAGGGAGGGGAUCCUCCAAACAGCCAGUGUCCCUGUACAGAGGGAGGGGAUCCUCCAAACAGCCAGUGUCCCUGUACAGACGGAGGGUAUCCUCCAAACAGCCAGUGUCCCUGUACAGACGGAGGGUAUCCUCCAAACAACCAGUGUCCCUGUACAGAUGGAGGGUUUCCUCCAAACAGCCAGUGUACCUGCACAGAGGGAGGGGAUUCUCUCAGCAGCUAGCAUCACUGCGCAGAGGGAGGAGAUCUUCCGAGCAUCAGGCCUCAUCCCUGCACAGAGGGAGGGGAUCCUCCAAACAGCCAGUGUCACUGCAUAG